ACGUGAACGUACAAAUGUUUAUAAAUUCAGUACGUAAAUCGCUGAAUAAUGGUGCUAAAGAUAUCGGUGAUCUAGGUUUGUAGAUGAUGUCGAUAUUACAAGCUUUGCAUAUAAGGAAAGAAAGAGUGGCUUAAACAAGGCAUUUUUAUAUGAUGGGAAUAACAAUGUCGACAUCUCAAGAAGAAAUACUAUGGACUUGUAGCGAAUGUACAUUGGACAACAAAAGCAAUAACGAUGUUUGUAAGGCUUGUGGUCAUAAAAGAGCAGAGAAUAAUACAUAUUGGAUUUGCAGGACGUGUGGUGUAAAAAAUCCAGAAGGCAAUUCACGAUGUAGUGGGUGUAAAUGUGCAAGAACACAAGCGAUCGAGUCAAGUGCUUCUACUUUGAAUGGAGUUCACAAUCUUUUUAGACGUGUUGUUGGAGGCAAAAAACCAUGGAGUUGUGUUAAAUGCACUUUAGAAAACCCUUCAUCUAUAGAAAAGUGUACAGCUUGUGGUAAUCCUAAGGAAGAUAUAGUAAUACCUGACCCAGACGACGAAGAAUUACAUUCAUCUGGCUUACCUUCUAGGUCGAAUCGUCAAAACGAAUAUUCAUCUUCUGAGGGACAAUCUCAAAGAGCUCAAGAAAGGUUGUACCCAAAUUUAGAGAUAGAAAUCCCAAAAAUUGAUGUUGACACUCAUGUAGCUCAGCAAAGUCCCGAACUGAUCGUUAAGUGUCCAAAAUGUCGGACUCUUCUUCUUGAUAAUGUUGGAUUAUGUUGUACUGUUUGUGGAACGAGAUGUGAAGAUGAAGGUUUUAAGCCCAGACCCUUCCCUUCAUCAUCUAUUGCUUCCACACCAGAGUCAACACCACCUUCUAUUCCUGGAAUGUGGAACUGUCCAAGUUGUACUUUUACUAAUGAAAAUUCUAGGUUGAAUUGUGAAAUGUGUGAUACUAAGAAGGCCGCAGGUAGCACAGGUUUUGAAACAGCUGAUAAUAUUGUACCAAGAGGAGUGUGCCCUUCGUCUAUUAAUGAACCUUCCACUUCAGGAAUGGGUGCAGCGCAUGUUUGGAAAUGCACUUCAUGCACUUUUCACAAUUCUCAAACCUCAUUAGUGUGUGAGGUCUGCGGCAAAAACAAAGAAGAGACCACAGAUUCACCACAGUCGAUAGAGGAUAGUGCAGAGGAUAGCUUUCCAUCUUUUAGUCCCACAAGAAUUACAUUUCAAAGGCAGACAAGCAUGUCAGUAGAAUCUAGAAGAAAAAGGGACGAGAACUAUGCUAAGGAACAAUGGAACAGAAUUACAAAAUACUGCAAAAAGCUAGGUAUACCAUUUGUGGAUGACUCCUUCCCACCUGCUGCCAAGUCACUGUACUUGCGCCCGCGCCACUCAGAUCAUCCCCGUGUUACCCAGUGGUUAAGACCAGAUGAAAUAGAUAACUUCAGUCAUGAAAGAAAGAAACUUCCUUGGGCAGUGUUCAGGAAUCCAAGGCCUUCAGAUAUCAUGCAAGGUGUUCUAGGAGACUGCUGGUUUCUUAGUUCUUUAGCUGUGCUAGCUGAGAGACCUGAUCUUCUUGAAAAGAUUCUAGUUACUAGGGAAGUGUGCGAGGAGGGAGUAUAUCAAUUGCGGCUGUGUAAAGAUGGAAAAUGGACAAUCAUCUUGGUAGAUGACCUUUUACCUUGUAAUGAUCGUGGAAAUCUUGUAUACUCACAGGCUCACCGACGUCAAUUGUGGGUCCCUUUAAUGGAGAAAGCCAUGGCAAAACUACAUGGAAGUUAUGAGGCUCUGUCGGCAGGAAGGUCCAUUGAAGGACUAGAGACCUUAACUGGAGCACCUUGUGAGAGCAUCAUGCUACACAAACAGCCAAGCAGUUCUACAGGUGAAGGGGAGGACAUAGAUGUGGACAUGAUUUGGGUCAAGUUACUCAGCUCAAGAACUGCCGGAUUUUUAAUGGGUGCCUCGUGUGGUGGUGACUCAAAGCCUGAAGAAGAAGCAACAUUUAACAACGUAGGUCUACAGACCCACCACGCCUACUCUGUUCUUGACGUCAAGGAUGUUCACGGACACAGGUUAUUAAGAUUGCGCAAUCCAUGGGGUAGGUUCUCAUGGAAAGGUGAGUGGUCUGACGCAUCAUCCAUCUGGACGCCUGAGCUGAGACAUGAGUUGAUGGCACACGGGGCAGAAGAGGGCGUCUUCUGGAUAUCCCUGGCAGACUUUAUGAACUAUUUCGACAGUGUGGACGUCUGCAAGAUACGUGAAGACUGGGCUGAUGUGCGUGUGACUGGCUGCUUUCCUCCAUUUGCGCUGGGACCAGCUAAGGUUGCCAUGGCAACUGUAUUUGCACCGACAGAGCUAGAUCUUUGUCUCUUUCAAGCUGGUAUAAGAGGUGUUGCAGAAAACAAACGCUCUCCUCUCGACCUCUUGAUCGUCGUGUGUCGUUCAACAGCGGCUGGCGACUCCAGUCCGAAGCCUGUUUCUUUUGUCAUGAGAAGCAAACGCCAGGUGAAAUCAAGCGUCAUGUGCAGUGGGAUCCUAGAGGAAGGCACUUACAUGAUAGUGUGUACAGCAUUUAACCAUUGGACAAUUAGCUCGGACAGAGAGCUCGCUGACCCUGAAUUGAUCAAGGCAGUUACAGACGAGGAUAGUUUUCCAAGCUACGUGUUGGCUAUACACAGUUCAAGGGCAGUACUCGUUGAACAGGUUCCAAUGCCUGAGAAUUGUCUGGCCGACUUUAUGUUGGAUGUAGUUAUCAAGAACGGCAAAACACACGGGGGCAUUUCUGGAGUAACGUGUUAUUUCUUGGCUAAAGGCAUGGCAGGGUUGAUAGUGGUUGCAGAGAAUCGCCGUCCCAACCAUCACCUGUACGUGGACUGUGACUGCUCAGAGAGCUUCAAUAUCGUCUCAACAAGGGGCUCUUUGGUGGUUGCAGACAGCGUCCCUCCACUUCAUCGGCAAGUUCUUAUACUUUUGACGCAACUAGAAGGAGCGGACGGAUUUGCAGUGUCGCACAAGCUCAGUUUUCGUGUCAUGGAAAAUAAUGGAUUUGGUUCGUACGGUUCUCACCACAUACCACCUCUGUCGCCUCUUACUGCUGGACUACACCGCGCUAGACCUCUGUGAAGGAACUUUGAUAUAUGUUUAACCUGCAGUGCAGAUAUCUGCUCUCACCGCAUAUCACCUCUAUCGUCUUUUACCACUGGACUACACCGCGCUAAACCUCUGUGAAGGAACUUUGAUAUAUGUUUGGAGAAAGGACUUUUUCGUUCUCUGUUUUCAUUUUUCCGAGUGCUUUUUUUUCUGAUCAUUUCAAUCAUUUAAUCAUCGUUGCUGUCGCCCCUGACAUUAUCUAACGUUCCUGAACCCUCUUUUGAAAAAUACUGCAUUAGCAGCCCUCUCGCGGCACCCAUGCCACACAUAUAUAUACUAUUAAUGCAUAGAUUUCGGAUACUGACACUGAUGAAGUCGCAUACUACUACCACAAAAAUAUUGACGUCUGGAAACGCAAACUUAUUCCCCCUUACCUUAAGUGGGACAAUUAGGAAUGCUUUUACUUAACCCGUGUAAUAGUUAGUAGACUAAAAUAGAGGCUAGUACACACGUCUUAUUUCCAUUGUGUUCUUUCGUGUCUAUUUAACUAUUGCACAUUAACAAUCAAUGUUUGUUUCACGGGCUAAGUAAACUCACUCUUACAAAAAAUUAAUUUAAUAUUUCAAUUUCUAAUUGAUGCUUGUUUAUCUUUAGUUGUUUUGCCAUGACGAAUUGUGUCUUAACGGGCACAAAUCAAAUGGCAAACUUUAAAAAUUCCUAAAAUGUGGUAACCAUAGACAAUUAUGGUCCAGCAGCAUUUUGUUCAGUAGAUACUGGGAAAAGUAUUUAAGUAUUAUAUAUCGCUUGUGGGGUCGUACGAUUAAGGGAGGAUCAUAAUAGGAUCAUAGAGAACUGGAAGGGGAUAAGCUAUACACUGACAGUUAUGGAGGGGGGGGGGGGGGGGGG